GUCUACUCUAGAUCUUUCUUCCAACAUGCGAUGUGUUUUGCUCAAUUUUGUUUCUCGACUAGAUCGACGUUCCUCCGCAGUGUUUCUGCUGUGCAGCGCAUAUAUUAUACAGCAGUUUGACCAUGCGUCUUCAACCCCUUCGUCUUCUACCCACCACCAUCCCAUAUCCUCUCCCAACCAGUGUACCCCAUCUACGUUCGAUUCUCGAUCUCACAAUGACAGAUUCAAAUUCUUCUACGGCGAUGGAGGUCUUUACUGGUGCAUCUAACUUCAAUAUCAGCAACGGCAACUUCUCAAGCACCGGAAGGGAUCAGUUCAUUGUUCAGACACGAGGCAAGAAGAGGCAGUUUAGCGGCGGUCUACCAGAACUUUCCAAGGCAAGAAGAGGAGGAUUGACAGUCAGUGUCUACCGGAACUUUCGGAGUUCACCAAAAUCAAGCGGGGCGAUAUCUAUAAAGGUAAAGAGAUCUGCUGCUCUUGUGUUCAAACGGGAAGGACAACACGGAAAUGGCGGUCUAUCAUACCGGGAUCAACGUAAUUGGACCGUUUGGACAGAAAAAAUUCACUGUGAAGGAGUAUCGUGGUCGAAAUACGAAAAGCUAGGUGUGAAGGGUUGGUCUGUCCCCCGAAAGAUUCAUCUUGAUUGGAUUUGACAGGAAUGGAGGCGCGAUUUUUCGCGUUGUUCUAAGGAACUCAGAAAUUAAACUAUCGGUAAUGAUGUACUUUCAAAGCUCGUACCCGUUGCGAAUAUUGAAGGUUCACUAAGGUGGGUGGGGUUAUUCUAUAUUGACUUACUGAAGAUCGCCUUGGGAUGUGCAAGAAACGAGCGUUGGAUGGAUCCGACCGAAGGAAGGUUCUGUCGCGUACCGAUUGGACUGAAAUAUCACCCUUCCGACGUGAAAUUCCUGAAAGAAGAUGUCUUCAUUCGAUAUUUCACCGGCAAGCAAGACGAUCAAAGACUUUUGGGUGCACUUAGUAAGAGUUGGGUAUCUUGAGACCGGCUGUCUUCAUGUAUUAACCUUUUCGGUAUCAUAACUGACAGGAAUAUUAUUAGUUGAACUUCGGCGCGC